CCCCGCCGAGCCGUCCGACUCAGACGAGCCCGAGUUUGGCGCCUCGCUGAAGCUGGGCGCGCUCGAGCCGAGCCCGUGGCCCGCGGCGCCGCUCACCGACCUCAGCCGCCGCCAGGACACCGGCUCCUUCAGCAUGCUCUACAACGGCGACAAGCCCGACACGAAGAAGCCGUCGCCGCACGGCCCCGAGUGGCUGGCGGCCGAGCUGGCGCGCGCCGGCGGCUCCGACGGCUCCGACGACGCCCUGCCCGAGAUCUGCGCCGGCGUCUACAGCCUGCUUGAAUCCGACAAGGGCAACGACGACCUGCAGAACGAGCUGUUCGACCUGCUGGGCUUCGACCGGAUCGAGCUGAUCACGACCCUGCUGGAGCGGCGCGCCGAGGUGCUGGCGGCGCGGGUGGCGGCACCGCCGCGCAGCCUCUCGCCGCGCACCUUCCAGCAGCUCUCGGCGCUCGUCAACGGCGGCCGCUCCGUCCAGCUGCCCGGCCAGACUGUGACCGUGCAGUCGCGCCAGGAGGUCGAGGCCCGCAAGGCGCUGCGCCGCGAGGAGAAGAAGAUGCUGCGCGCUCGCGACCGUCAGACGGGCCAGCCGGCCGACCAAGAGGCGCCGGCCGUGCAGCCGGAGCUGGCGCGCGCGCACAGGGAGCUGCAGCUGCUGCAGGCGAUGAACGCGCCGCUGUUCUCUGAGCGGCCGCGCGCCGCGCCGGCGGCCGCCGAGCGCCUGCCGUUCGUGUUCGACGCCUUCAGUCAGGCGCGCCAGGCGUCGUCGUUCGUCGCCGGCAACAAGAUCAGCCUGCCGCUGGGCUGCGAGUGGAGCGAGCACAAGCUGUACCAGGCCGUCGAGAUCCCGGUGGCCGAGGCGGCGCCCACGAACGUCGGCGAGCAGCGCAUCAGCGUGGCCAGCCUGGACGAGAUUGGACGGAAGGCGUUCGGUGGGAUUUCGCAGCUGAACCGGAUCCAGUCGGUGGUGUACGACACGGCCUACCACACCAACGAGAACCUGCUGAUCUGCGCGCCCACCGGCGCCGGCAAGACCAACAUCGCGAUGCUGACGGUGGUGCAUCAGAUCCGCCAGCACAUCGAGAAGGGCGUCAUCAUGCGGGACUCGUUCAAGAUCGUGUACGUGGCACCGAUGAAGGCGCUGGCGGCCGAGAUGACGGCCAGCUUCGGUCGUCGGCUGGCGCCGCUCGGCGUCACCGUCCGCGAGUGCACCGGCGACAUGCAGCUGACCAAGCAGGAGAUCAUGUCCACGCAGAUGCUGGUCACCACGCCCGAGAAGUGGGACGUGCUCACCAGGAAGAGCACCGGUGACGUGUCGCUGACACAGCUGGUGAAGCUACUCAUCAUCGACGAGGUGCACCUGCUGCACGGCGACCGCGGGCCAGUGGUCGAGGCCUUGGUGGCGCGCACUCUGCGCCAGGUGGAGACCUCGCAGAGCAUGAUCCGCAUUGUGGGUCUGUCGGCAACUCUGCCCAACUACCUGGACGUGGCUCAUUUUCUGCGGGUGAACCCAAUGAAGGGACUGUUCUUCUUCGACGGCCGGUUCCGCCCCGUGCCGCUGGGCCAGUGUUUCAUCGGCGUCAAGGCGCUCAACUCGAUGCAGCAGAUGAACGACAUGGACACGGUGUGCUACGAGAAAGCGUUCGAGAUGGUCAGCAAGGGACACCAGGUGAUGGUGUUCGUGCACGCCCGCAACGCCACGGUGCGCGUGGCGACGCGGCUGCGCGAGCUGGCUAAGCAGCGCGGCCAGCUGGGCUCGUUCCGCGCCGAGCAGUCCCCGCAGCUGGGCGCCGAGCAGAAGCACGUGCAGAAGAGCCGCAACCGGCAGCUGCGCGAGCUGUUCGACGACGGCUUCGCCAUGCACCACGCCGGCAUGCUGCGCCAGGACAGGACGCUGGUGGAGCGGCUCUUCUCGCAGGGCAUGAUCCGAGUGCUCUGCUGCACGGCCACGCUGGCCUGGGGCGUCAACCUGCCGGCGCACGCCGUCAUCAUCAGGGGCACCGACAUCUACGACGCCAAGCACGGCUCGUUCGUGGACCUGGGCGUGCUGGACGUGAUGCAGAUCUUCGGCCGCGCCGGCCGGCCGCAGUUCGACAAGUCGGGCCACGGCACCAUCAUCACCACGCAGGACAAGCUGCCCCACUACCUGUCGCUGCUCACCAACCAGUACCCGAUCGAGAGCAGCUUCGUGGCGCUGCUCGCCGACAAUCUGAACGCCGAGGUGGCGCUGGGAACGGUGACCAACGUGGAGGAGGCCGUCAGCUGGCUACGCUACACCUAUCUGUACGUGCGCAUGAGCAGGAACCCGCUGGUGUACGGCAUCAAGCCCGAGGAGGUGCAGGACGACCCUACGCUGGCCAGGAAGCGCCAGGAGCUGAUCAUGAGCCAGGCGACCAAGCUCGACAAGGCGCUGAUGCUGCGCUACGACACGCGAAACACCUACCUCAACAUCACGGACCUGGGCAGGAUCGCCAGCCACUACUACAUCAAGUACGACACGGUGGAGGUCAUCAACGAGCUUAUCCAGCCGGCCAUGGACGAGCGCGACAUCCUGGCCAUGAUCUCGCGCUCGUCCGAGUUCGAGCAGAUCAAGGUGCGCGACGAUGAGCUGGACGAGCUGGACCGGCACAUCCACGAGGACUGCGAGCAGCCGGUGCUGGGCGGCUCGGAGAACGUGCACGGCAAGGUCAACAUCCUCAUCCAGACGUUCAUCUCGCGGGGGCGGCUCGACUCGUUCUCGCUCGUCUCCGACAUGAACUACAUCGUGCAGAACGCCAAGCGCAUCACCCGCGCCAUCUUCGAGAUCUGCCUGCACCGUCACUGGCCGCUGAUGUCAGGCCGCGUACUGACGCUGAGCCUGCAGCUGGAGCGGCAGCAGUGGGCCUCGGAGACGCCGCUGCGCCAGGGCGGCGGCGUGCUGGACGCGCUCAUACUGGACAAGCUCGACUCGCGCCACCUCACGCCGGAGCUGGUCCGCGAGAUGGACGUGCACGAGCUCGGCAUGCUGAUCCGCGACAAGAGGAAGGCGCCGCUGGUGCAGCGGGCGGCCGCCGAGGUGCCGGCCGUCACGCUGGACGCCAGCGUGCAGCCCAUCACGCGGCGGGUGCUGCGCGUCCGGCUCACCAUCACACCGGACUUCAGGUGGAACGACCGCCUGCACGGGAAAACGUCCGAGAGCUUCCUGGUGUGGGUGGAAGACCCCGAGAGCAACUUCAUGUACCACCACGAGUUCUUCAUCCUGCUGAAGAAACAGGUGCUGCGCAGCGAGCCGCAGUCGCUGGUGUUCACCAUCCCCAUCUCCGAGCCGCUGCCGCCGCAGUACUACAUCCGCGUGCUCAGCGAGCGCUGGCUGGGCUCGGAGGCGGUGCACGCGCUCUCCUUCCAGCACCUGAUGCUGCCCGAUCGGCACCCGCCGCACACAGAUCUGCUGGACCUGCGGCCGCUGCCCGUGUCGGCGCUGCAGAACGUGCGCUUCCAGGCGCUGUACCCGUUCACGCACUUCAACCCGAUCCAGACGCAGCUGUUCCACGCGCUCUACCACUCCGACUGCAACCUGCUGCUGGGCGCGCCCACCGGCUCCGGCAAGACGAUCGUGGCCGAGAUCGCCAUGCUGCGCGUGUUUGGCAAGACACCGCGGCAGAAGGUGGUGUACAUCGCGCCGAUGAAGGCGCUGGUGCGCGAGCGGAUGGCGGACUGGCGCGGCCGGCUGCAGGGCUCGCUGGGCCUGCGGCUGGUGGAGCUGACCGGCGACGUGACGCCGGACGCGCGCGCCAUCCAGCAGGCCGACGUUAUCGUCACCACGCCCGAGAAGUGGGACGGCAUCAGCCGCAGCUGGCAGACGCGCGACUACGUGCGCGACGUGGCGCUCAUCAUCAUCGAUGAGAUCCACAUGCUCGGCGAGGACCGAGGUCCCGUGCUGGAGGUAAUCGUGUCCCGCACCAACUUCAUCUCGUCGCACACCCAGCGCCAGCUGCGCAUCGUCGGCCUCAGCACAGCCAUGGCCAACGCCUCCGACCUGGCCUCGUGGCUCAACAUCACGGACGUCGGGCUGUACAACUUCCGACCGACCGUGCGACCGGUGCCGCUCGAGAUCCACAUCCAGGGCUUCCCUGGCAAGCACUACUGCCCGCGCAUGGCCACCAUGAACAGGCCCACCUUCAAGGCGAUCCGGACGCACGCGCCGGACAAGCCGAGCCUGGUGUUCGUGUCGUCGCGGCGCCAGACCCGCCUGACAGCGCUCGACCUGAUCGCCUUCCUGGCCGCCGAGGACGACCCCAAACAGUGGCUGCGGCUGGAUGAGGCCACGCUGCAGGCGCUGCUCGAAGGUGUGCGUGACAGCAACCUGCGGCUGACGCUGGCGUUCGGCAUCGGCAUCCACCACGCCGGCCUGGUGGAGCACGACCGCAAGCUGGUGGAGGAGCUGUUCGUCAACCAGAAGAUACAGGUGCUGAUCGCCACAGCCACGCUGGCCUGGGGCGUCAACUUCCCCGCCCACCUGGUGGUGGUCAAGGGCACCGAGUACUUCGACGGCAAGCAGAAGCGCUACGUCGACUUCCCUAUCACCGACGUGCUGCAGAUGAUGGGCCGCGCCGGCCGGCCGCAGUACGACGACCACGGCGUUGCCGUCGUCCUCGUGCACGACGCCAAGAAGCACUUCUACAAGAGCUUCCUGUACGAGCCGUUCCCGGUCGAGAGCAGCCUGCUGGAGGUGCUGCCGGACCACCUGAACGCCGAGAUCGUGGCCGGCACCUUGCAGAGCAAGCAGGACGCCAUCGACUACCUCACGUGGACCUUCUUCUUCCGCCGCGUGCUGCGCAACCCCACCUACUACGACCUGGAGUCGCUGGAAGGUGACGCCGUCAACAGGUACCUGUCGGAGGUGGUGGACAGGGCCGUCUCGACACUGGAGCUGAGCCACUGCGUCGAGGUGGACAUGGACAACCGCGACCUGUACCCGACGGUGCUGGGCCGGAUCGCCUCCUUCUACUACCUCUCGCACCGGACGAUGGAGCUGUUCCACGCGCGCCUCAGCGCCGACACCUCGGACGCCGAGCUGCUGACCGUGCUGACCGACGCGCACGAGUACGACGAGAUCCCGGUGCGGCACAACGAGGACAACACCAACAGCGAGCUGGCCAAGACGUGCCCGCUGCCGGUGGACGCGCUCAUGUACGACUCGCCGCACGUCAAGACGCACCUGCUCUUCCAAACGCACUUCGGCCGGCUGCCGCUGCCCGUGGCUGACUACGUGACCGACCAGAAGUCCGUGUUGGACCAGGCGAUCCGGAUCGGACAGGCGCUGCUGGAUCUGGUGGCCGAGUCCGGCUGGCUGGCCACCGCGCUACGCGCCGUCCACCUCCAGCAGCAGAUGGUGCAGGCGCGCUGGCUGAGCGACUCGCCGCUGCUGACUCUGCCGCACGUGGAGAGCUCGUUGCUGGCUCAGUUCGGCACGCUGGAUCAGCUGCCGCGGCUGGUAGAGGCGGCCGCCGGCGCCGGCGACGGCCAGCGUCGAUUCAAAGCUGUCAUCGACCGUCUGGCACGCCACCUGGACGGCUGGCAACUGCAGGAGCUGACGGAGGCGGUGGGCCGCCUGCCCCGCCUGCGCGUCGGCCUGUCGGUGGAGGGCUGGUGGGAGGCGGAGGCGGCCGCCCGGAGGAGGCCGGUGCCCGUGCAGCAGCAGCCGGCCCAGCCCGCCUGGCUUCCGCUGCAUGCCGAUCAGGACUACACCCUGCAGGUGGAGCUGCGCCGGCUCAACGGCAGUCAAGGGCGGCCGCUCCAUGGCGUAUGCACCGCGCUUCCCCAAGCCCAAGGACGAGGGCUGGGUGCUGGUGCUGGGCGAGCCGGACUCUGGCGAGCUGCUGGCGCUGAAGCGGGCGGCGGCCGGCCGCGGCCGCUGCUCGGCGCCGCUCGCCUUUCGCACGCCGGCGGCGCCCGGCCGCCACGUCUACACGCUGUACCUGCUGUCGGACAGCUACCUGGGCCUGGACCAGCAGUACGACCUGUACGUCGAUGUCACGACCGCCUCCAUCGCGGCUCAGGUGAACGCGGAGAUGGCAGACGCAUAGAGGGAAGGGGGAAGGGAGGGGGCGUGCACUGGCGGGAGAGGAUUGCCGGUGGGCUGACCCGCUGGCGCGCGUCUUGCGGGGUGGUCGUCGGUGGCCGGCGGCGCUGUGGGGCAGGCAGGUGGCUGUGGGCGGAGUGA